ACUAUGAUGUAAUGAGGGCCGACUUCAUUCACCAGCAGCCAGAAAACCAAAUCCCGAUCACUUAUAUAAAUAAUCGUGGCUCGCUCUUGCUUUACUCAAUAUCACAGCUGAUAUAUCUACGCCCUUUCUUUGUAUCUUCAAGCAAACAGCGACACCAUGAGUCUUUCACGCAACGAACAGAUCAAGCAAUAUGGCUGGACAGCUCUUCCUUGCGACCCCGCUCAAUGGGGCGGCGACAAGAAGAACCACAAGGAGCCGACUCCUCAGCUCUGCAGCGACGUGACUCUGCCUGACUCACCAUUGGUCAAGGCUGCAAUGGACCAUGUCAAGAAGGAGCUUCCUGAACAUACUUUCAAUCACAGCAUGCGUGUCUUCUACUACGGUAUGGCAAUAGCGAGACAACAGUUCCCAUCUUGGGAGUUUAACGCUGAAACAUGGUUGUUGACUUGUUUCUUCCACGACAUUGGCACAGCGGACAAGCACACCCACGGCACCUUCAUGUCCUUUGAGUUCUACGGAGGGUACCUCGCAAUGGACCAGCUCAAAACGUUUGGCUCCCCACCUGCACAAGCAGAGUCUGUCGCUGAAGCCAUCAUUCGGCACCAAGAUCCCGUGGAAACUGGUACUAUCACCACCAUCGGUCUUCUGAUUCAAUUGGCCACUCAAUUCGACAACAUGGGCUACAGACCUGGCUUUGUGCAUGAAGACACUAUCAAGGAUGUUGUCGCGAAGUACCCAAGAAGAGAAUGGUCGGGCUGCUUUGCAAAGAAGAUCAGAGAGGAAGUUGGAGUCAAGCCUUGGUGUCAUACUACUGCUUCUACGGAGAAGUUCCCGCAUGAUGUUGAGCACAACGAGCUGAUGACGCCAUAUGAUGAUAAGUACUAGGUCCGAAGAAAACAAUAGGGCCCCCGCCUUGGCUAAACUUGCACUUGUCUACCAAUAAGCACUUCUUCGGUGAGUGUCAUGCCUAUCUACUCAGGGGUACAUGCUUUGAUCUAGGCUCUUACUAUCAGUGUCAUAUGGGAAGCCUUGUGUCUUACUCAGCAGUGGCGUAAAGCGGGCAAAGAACUGCCUCGCAAAGGAUUGGCUCACUCCAAGUCGUCUGCCGCAAGA